AUGCUUGACCCAUCCUACAUUCAGGAACGAGAACUGAAUCCCAGCUUUUCGCAUCGUCCUAAUCAACAGCCAAUCAGAUCGCAGCCUAGAGCACCACAUUUCUCGGAAGAUGUAGGGAACCCUGCAGCGCCCACCAAUCGCCCUUCCUUGUCCAGCUCACGAUCUAUAUAUAUCGGCUUUGACCCCACAAAUUCGCAAGCCACCACCCCAAGCGCAGCCAACUCCCUUGGAGUAAUACCGAGUUUUCCCACCAUCCCCCCACCUAUCCCCACUGUCCCAAACCAACAGCGAAGAUCUAGCAGCGGCCCCCCGCCAACUGCCCGUCGCGGCACCUCAUCCUACUACUCGCAACAGACACUCAUGGUUUCUCCGAUCCCAGAGGAACCCCUCUCGGAUCGGCACGGCUCAUACGCCUCAAGCGCUGCUAUACCCCCUAGUUGGAGCGCUGAACCCGUGGAGCUUUAUCCACGUGGGGAGGAAGAUUUUUUUGACGAUGGGGAACCCGAAGAAUUUAGACUCCCCACGGCAGGGGAUGCCGAGGAUGAUGAAAGAGGUUUAGUUAGACAAGCGAGUUUAGGGCGGAAGUCAAAACCAACCAUCACAGAAAUCAAGGGAAUAGGUGGAGGCAAGUCAUCGGAUGAAUCGAUGAAAACCGCAAGCUCGGGGGCUGGAGUAUCCGGAGGUGUUGGAAUCGGGCUUAGCUCGCCAGCCGAAAAAAACUCUCCAACUCUAAAGUUGCCAAGUGCAGAUUCUUCGUCACAAUUUCCGGGCAUUGCUCUUGGCCAUCUUGGUCACUCUAACGGCGUCUCCAUGGAUUCACCAGACUCGGAAGGCUUACCUGCGCCUAAGCAAUUUCCUGCAGAAACCGCGAAACCUGGACGGCGGCUCCCUCCAAGACUUAAUAUGGAUGCCGUCCGUGAUGCGGAAGCGAGGGGGAGCUUAACAAGCUUGCCUGAUCUGAUCAGGAGGGCUACAAAACUUGCAGCCGUACUUGAGACGGGAAGGCCGGAUUCAAGAUGGGGUAUGCGGAGGAGUUACAUGGAUAAAUCGCCUAGCCGUAGCAAUGGAAGGGAGACAGAUUCGAUAUCUGAUAUUUUGGCUUCGUUCCCACCCCCGGUUCUUGCUUCUAGUAGGCAAGGCAGGCGAGGUACCACAAUGUCGCAGUGGCCAUUGCCAGGUGAUUUUAACAGCGAGAACAAUUCUCCGGUUGGACCGUCGCGUGAGCAAGGUCGGAGGGUUUGCGGGUUACCUCUCUGGGCUUUCGUAUUGCUCGUAAUUCUCGCUCUCCUUGUCAUAUCGGCAGCUGUUAUUGUUCCCCUCCAACUGGUCAAGCUUUCGAAGGGGGAUAAGGGCGGUGGUGGUGAUGACUCUGGGAAUUCUGUUCUUGCAGAAUGCAAGAGCGAAAUCCCUUGCCAAAACGGGGGUGAAAACAUUGCAACAAGGGAUUUCUGCGGGUGUGUCUGCACCUCGGGGUUCACCGGUGCCAAUUGCACACAGAAGGAGGAUUCUAGCUGCACUACGGUUGACCUCCAGGACCUGCAGGGCGGCCUGGUUAAGGGCAUCCAGAAUGUCACGAUGGGAAACGCAUUGCCUCGCCUUUUUGAAUUAGCCGAGCCAUCAUAUAAUAUUAAAUUGGAUCGUGCAAUGAUCCUUGCGGUCUUCAGUAAUGAAGAUAUCUCUUGCACAGCGCAGAAUGCCCUGGUUCAGUUCGACGGCGAAUCCAUGCCUUCGACAAAUGGGAAAAGGUCUACUAUUGGCGAAUCACUGCCUCUUCUGCGGAUGAGGCAGGAUUUGACCCUCGACACAUCACCCACGCCAACUACCAGCGGUACUGUUCCAAGUGCGACCAGCUCCUCGGGUGGCAGCUCAGAAACAAGGACGGCUGUAGUUGAUCCGGAUGCGGUGGACUUUGCUAGAGUUACUGUCCUGUAUCUGACCAACGCGGGGAAUCUCUCAGUUGCCGAGAAUGCGCAGUAUCGGCUACAAGUAGCGUUUUCGGGCGGGAUCGAUUUUGGGAGCUUAGCAGUUGGGGGUAAUAUUACGGUGAACUUCGACAAUCGUAGCAUCAAGAUGGCUAACGGUGAUAUGGUUGGAGGCAUUACACCAAAUACAACUGGUAAUAGCAGUGAUGGGAGUGGUGGCAAUAGAACUUCAAACGCAGGCUCGAAAAAGCGCUCUAUUCUUGAGGGCUGCAUCAGAACGUUAUUUGCUUGAUUAAUGCUUUCAAAUUAUGAAUCGAAGCCCCUCGGUGCUUCUCCACUCAUUCUUUUUCGCGGCCGGGUUAUUAUUUUUCCUUUUCACAAUCUUCUGUCAUUUACCUUCUCACUUCCUUUUAUCACAUUUUUGUAUCAACCGCAAUCCGAACAAUCAUGGGAAAAAAGAAACUGUAGAUAGACUAUCGGAGAAAGGGUUGUCAGGUCUUUUC